UAUACAAAAACAAAAUAUCUGAAAAUGGGAACCUCACAAAGUAAAGACCCCGAGGUAGAGAAUGCACUGGCCGUAUUCAGUAAAUCAGAGCAGGUUGAAAUGGAAAGGUUAUUCAAGAAGCUAUCGGGACCAAAUUCAAAGGCAUUUAGCUUAGAACAGCUCCAGAUACAUUUAAAUGGCAUCUUAUGUGAAACCAUCAUUACCCGUCUACAUUACACCAUGGCUAACAUACAGACACAACCAGAGCUUGAAGCAGACAUACAUGACAUGCCAGACAAUAGCGAGGAUGUGACCACCCUUACCACAGUAACAUACGACACAUUUGUCAUCUCCCUUGCUCAUCUUAUAAAAGGAGACAUGCAUGAGAAGAGCCACUUCAUUAACUGUCUUGCCACAGAAACUGAUUAUGCUUCGCCAUCUGAUAUGAUAUGGUUUGUGACAAACAUUGUUCAAGCUUACUUGGAGGUCAAGGCAGAAGAUGCUCAUACUGUGAGUUGGCAAACAGAAACAGAAGAGGAAGAUUUACGCAGAUUUGCAAUAUUUAUACUUGAAGACUUGUUCAAUAAAGAUCUCAAAUACAACAGCAGCCCUAUGCAUACGUCUGAUGUGCCAUUUGGUGUGACAUACAGAGACGACGAACUGGAAACGUGGCUCUCACAAUCUGCACUGUUUCUACACAUCAUUGACACAAUAUUUCAUUCCUGCUUUCCUGUCAAAAUGGUUGAUGCCAUGUUCUCCCAAAACAAUCUUCUCCCUCUAUGCAAGGAUAUCAAUUGGGAGAAAACUACAACCAUUUUAGAUAUUCCAUCAGUCUUAGGCAUAAACAAUAGCCUUCCUCAUCAGCUGCAGAAUCAAUGGAGUCUCCUGUAUACUAGUCAGUUACAUGGAGAGAGUUUCAGUACAAUGAUUAAGCGUGUAAAGGAUCAGGGCCCAACAAUCUUAGUUAUAAGGGACACUGAUGGCCACAUAUUUGGGGGCUUUGCCUCGGAGAGCUGGACCAUGAAACCUCAAUACUCAGGUGACCCUUCAUGCUUCCUGUUUACCAUGCAACCAAAGCUUGGCAUCUACACAUCCACAGGGUACAACGAUCACUACAUGUACCUCAACUCAGGGCAGUCCACGAUGCCUUAUGGCUUGGGAAUGGGUGGGCAGUUUGAUUACUGGGGCCUAUGGCUAGAUGGGGAAUAUGGUAUAGGAGAAUCCAGAGCAGAACCAAAGUGUACAACAUACAACAGUCCCCAGCUCUCUAGGCAGCCAGAAUUCCAAAUAGAUGCAAUAGAAUUUUGGGCAGUAGGACCUGACAUUGAGAAGGAAGGGGGCUCCAUGAAGCAUGUGAUAUCUGCAUCAGGAUUAGAUCUGACAGAUGCUCAUGUCAGCAUAUUGGACAAAGACCCAGAGGCCAAGGCAAUGCUGAGCUUGAUAAACCGUGGCCCAGUGAGUGAUGGACUGAGGGAAGGGGAUAGAACUGCAGACACCCCUGAACAACAUCAGUUGCCACCUAUGUGAUCUACUAAUACAGCCUCAAUUGGGAAUAUGUAUGACUGUAUUAACUGUGGCCAUGUCAGUGAGGGCUUCUUUGAGCCGUGAUUCACGAGCUUUAAACAGUGGUAUAUAGUAGUGAUAUGAAUAAAGGCUUGGAUGAAGAUAACCACAUACCUCCGAUGCAAUCCCUUGAAGAUUUGAUUGUGGAUAUAUUGCGCCUUAUAACCCCUUUAAGUCCUGUGAUUGUGGGCUCACUGCAGAGAGGCAGACACCCAGAGUCACAACAAUUUC